AUGGCAGCCUUCUUCAAGAGAUCAUCCAUGUUUGUGUUUCUCUUGCUUGCCAAAGCCUUUGCAUUGGUGCAUGGCCAAGGCACAAGGGUUGGUUUCUAUUCAGCUUCAUGCCCUCAAGCUGAAUUCAUUGUUCAACUAACUGUUGCAGCUUAUUUUCAAUCUGAUCCAGCCAUUGCCUCAGGCCUGCUUCGCAUGCACUUUCAUGACUGUUUUGUCAGGGGCUAUGAUGCUUCUAUCCUUAUCAAUGGAAUGUCCACCAAGAAAACAACCAUACCAAAUAGGCUUUUAAAAGGAUAUGAUGCUAUUGAUGAUGCUAAAUCCCAGAUUGAAGACGUCUGCCCUGGGGUGGUCUCUUGCCAGUUCUUCAGAUACAGAUUAUACAACUUCAGCAAUACAUCAACAAAUGGUGUUAACCCUUCCAUGGACACCGCAUUCGUUUCUCAACUACAAAAGAUGUGUCUAGAAAACCGUGAUGGGAGUAAGUGUAUUGCACUAGACACAAGUAGCUCCGACAGAUUCGACGGAUCUUUCUUUACAAACUUGAGGAAUGGACGCGAAAUACUAGAGUCGGAUCAGAAGUUGCGGACAAAUGCUUUCUUCUUGGGGCUGAGAGGGGAGCUGAACUUCAACAUGGAGUUUGGGUGGUCCAUGGUGAAGAUGAGUAACAUUGGGGUGAAGACUAGGACUGAGGGUGAAAUUCGUAGAGUGUGUACUGCAAUUAAUUAA